CGGGAAGCAUUUCCAGGGUUCUUGACCCUUCGAGGCCCUCAAAAUUGCUUCGCAUGUCGUUACGGUCUGUUCGCAUUCUUCAAAUCGAAUGAAAAACAAAGCGACCCGGAGCUUCAUGUUUCGCUCAGGAAUUUUACCAUUUGUUUGGAGAUCAUAUCAGACAAAUGGGGCUGAAGUUUUCGAAGCAGAGCCAUGGGAGGGCCGACAACAUGAACUUAGCUCAUGCCCACCAGCAAGUGAUCCACUGUCUUAUCACAAACUUCUUCGUACGUAACUUGGUGUCCAAAAAAAGAAGGCGACUACUUGUUGGAGGCUAUGAUCUUGACAUGUCAUACAUUACCGAUCGCGUAUUGGCAAUGUCGUUCCCUGCAGAACGUAUGCGGGCCGUGUACCGAAAUCCUCUCUGGCAAGUCAAGUCAGUGCUGGACAUGAGACACCAGGGACACUACAAGAUCUAUAACCUUUGCAUUGAAGAAACUUACGAUCCGUUGCAUUUUUACGGUCGUGUGGAGACAUAUCCAUUCGAUGACAACCAUGUUCCCCCACUUCAAAUGGUCAAACAGUUCUGCGAGAGUGUGCAUACAUGGCUAUCUCGUGACCCAAAAAAUGUUGCGGUGGUGCAUUGCAUGGCAGGUAAGGGUCGGACAGGGUUAAUGGUGUGCACCUACCUUGUUUAUAUUGGGCUGUCUGCUGAGGAAGCUCUUCAGUUGUACGCGCAAAAACGAACAACCAACAAUGAAGGAGUAUCAAUACCUAGCCAGCGUAGAUAUGUUGGUUACUGGAAAAACACACUCUUGUUUCCCAAAGGAGCCGGUGCGGGACCUCCAGGCGUGAACUUGCCUCAUCCAUGUAAUAGGGAAUUGCGGCGAAUCAGACUCUAUGACACUGUCAACACUGAAUCGAUUUUCUUUGUAAUUUCGGAGCUACAAGAGAUACCUAAUCAGCUAUACCGACCAUCUAUGGAAGUUACCAAGGGUUGCUGCCGGCCGAUAAAGAAAGGAUUUCAAAGAAACAAUAGUCCUCGGUAUUAUCUUUCCUUCAAUAGAGGCGAGAUCGUAGGGGAAUCAGAGUCUGAGGAGCCUCAUGUCGUAGUCCAAAUGGACACCGAAAGCCCCAUACUCUAUCAAAAGACCUGUCUUGACUAUUAUUUCGAUAAGCCCUUACAUGUCACUGGCGAUGUUAGGGUCAUAUUCUACCAGAAAAUGAAAGGAGGGCGUCUCUUCUAUGCCUGCUUCAAUACUGCUUUCAUCAGGAAUAGCUUGCUCCAGUUCUCUUUGCGAGAUUUGGACAAAGUUGCAAGCAAAGGCAGAUCGAUAUGUGGCAAUGCGUUUUGCCUGGAGUUGCUAUUUGGUCCUGCAAAUACCAAGUGCUCGUUGCUGCCUCCAAGUGACGAUGAUUUGAGUGACGAUUCCUUUUGAUUUCACAAAGACAACUCCACUGGUAGUUAUUGCCGCAGUUACUCCAUUCGAAACAUGUUGAUCCUCGACAAGCUUUCUCAAGAUAGUGGCCAUUUCUGAUUAGAGCCUGGGUAGUGCUUCAGAAGGGUUCGACCGGAUUAAUUGGCAGGAAGAAGUUUUGUAUAGUAGAUUGUCGAAACAUCUCAGCAGAAGAUGAGGAUUCUCUUUCUUAUAUACUGUUGAGUUGGUUGAAGGAGAAAAGACUAGCUAAACUGUGUUAUUGAUUGAAUCGCUACUUACAAAUUUAUAAGCUGUAGAAGCUUAUCUCUAGGAACAGAAAAACAAUAAGAUCCCAAAAUACAAGGAAUAAAAAAUAAAUAAGAUAUUUAUCCUUAAUGAUAAGAAGAAUUUUAAAAACAAAUCCUAACUGAAAUAGGUAAAAAACUAAAUCCUAAAAAUCUGCUAAGGAUCCGCAACACUCCCCCUCAAGCUGAGUUGUACAGAUUGUACAUACCCAGCUUGUCUAGUAGACUUUCAAACAUUUUUCUGGAUAGGCCCUUAGUCAAAAUGUCAGCUGUUUGAUUCCCGGUAGGGACGUAUGUUAAACUGAUAAUUCCAUCUUCUAUCUUUUCUUUGAUGAAGUGUCUAUCUACCUCUACAUGUUUAGUGCGAUCAUGAUGAACUGGAUUAUGAGCAAUACUAAUAGCAGCCUUGUUAUCACAAUACAUCCUCAUAGGUAGCUCCCCUUGAACUUGUAACUCUUUCAUAAGACGACUCAGCCAAAUAAGUUCACAAACUCCGUGUGCCAAAGCUCGAAAUUCUGCCUCUGCACUGCUUCUAGCCACAACACUCUGCUUCUUACUCCUCCAGGUUACAAGAUUGCCCCAAAUAAAA